AUGUCUGAGAUCGCCAAAGACAAGGCUUCUCGGUUCCUGAAGAAAAGAGGCAGCAUGUCAUCAGUGAACAGCCCUGACAUCAAGAUGAAGGAGAUCUAUGGAAGAGCCAAAGAUUCAACGAGCACUGUGUCUUACGUGGAUGAGCCCAGCCACCGUGAUGAUGCUUCCCACUUGGCAGUUCAGAUGGAAAACACCUAUCAGCUGGGUCCUAGCAAAUGUUUUCCUGUGGAUGCUGUCAAACACAUUUUGAAGGAUGUACUAACUAAUUAUCUACAAGAAGAAAAAUAUGAACCUGAAUUGUGUAGACAGAUGACUAAAACAAUAGCUGAGGUUGUUAAGGCCAGAGUAAAAGACCUCAUGAUUCCAAGGUACAAACUCGUCGUGAUUAUCCACAUUGGACAAUUGAAUAAUCAGAGCCUACACAUUGGGAGCCGCUGCCUCUGGGAUGAUGCAAACGACACCUUCGCCUCCUUCACCUUCAGAAACACGUCUCUGUUUGCUCUAGCCACUGUCUACGCUGUUUACCUCGAGUGA